GAUGAUCAGCCUGCUCCGGAUGUAUUUUCAGACCCCGCGAUGGUUGAGGUCUCGAAAGGGUCAAUGAUCUCGUUUAGCUACAACGUCUUCACUUCAACCGGAUUGUACAAUUUGUCCUUAUGUGGAGUUCCCUUUAUCCGGCUCUGGUUGUACUACAAGCGAAGUCCAUGCCCAAUGUGAAAUGGGGCAAAGCCUUCUUGACCUGCAGCUCAAUAACCUGCUAGCCUCCCAGCGAACGGGGGGACCACAACAGCCCUACGUCCAGAAAGCAGUAUUGGUACUAGACUGUGUGGAAUGCCACCACAAAUAAUAACGCAAUCCAGACAUUUUGUUCAUCUUGCACCACAAUUGUGGUGCAAUACUGUUUUGCAUCCAGCCUUGCAUCCCAGUCAGAGGGUUUACUGGUUUGGUAAAUUGCUAGAUACCGAACGAGAAAACUGUGCACAACAAUGCCAGCUCUUCUCACUGUGCAGCGGAUAGCGCUUGGCAGGCGGACGCUGUCACUCCUUAGCAAUAAUCCGUUCAAGUGGAUUUCCGCAAACAUGUCGUCGAGCUCAUCUGGUGGUAAGAGACUGCGCGUUCUUGUUGACAUGGACGGGGUGUUGGCGGACUUCGAGGGGGGCUUCCUGAAGAAGUACCGCGCCAAGUACCCCGACGAGCCCUACAUCACGUUAGAGGACCGACGGGGCUUUUGGGUUUCGUCGCAAUACGGACAACUGAGGAGUGACCUGUGUGAGAAGGCCAUUAGUAUCUGGGAGUCCAAGGACUUCUUCAUAGAGCUGGACCCGCUGCCUGGUGGGCUGGGGGCUGUCAAGGAGAUGGCCAAGAUGGAGAACACAGAUGUCUUUCUAUGCACCAGUCCCAUUAAACAUUACCAUCACUGCCCAUACGAGAAGUACGCGUGGGUGGAGAGGCAUUUAGGCCCAGACUUUCUGGAGCAUGUCAUCCUUACCACAGACAAAACUGUUGUGGCCGCAGAUCUGCUGAUCGACGACAGGCCAGACAUCGUUGGUGUGGAGACGGGGCCGGUGUGGGAACACGUCCUGUUCACCGCCUGCCACAACAAGCACCACGCCCUGAGCCCCGACCAGCGCCGCCUCCUCUCCUGGGCGGACGACUGGAGGGCAAUCCUGGACAGCAAGAGGCAGUGAGGAGGUAGCACCAGUACUAGUAGCUCACCCUAACCCUUUCCUGGACAGCAAGAGGCAGUGAGGGGCCAGCACCAGUGCUAGAAGUUAACCCUAACCCUAUCCCAGACAGCAAGAGGCAGUGAACAAUAGCGCCAGUACUAGUUGCCACCAGUCGUGCACUCAUGAUUACUUCCUGUUUACUGUUGCAUCAUAACAACAAAUUGUAGGUCAGGUUAAUAAUAAUGUGGAAUGACACGAGAUCGCCGUUGUUGUUCUCCACCACUACAUUUCAAUCAUCCACCACAAGGUGAAGCAAAAACAAUGAAGGAAAGAUUGAUGUGAUGGCAAUACAAUACUUAAACCGGCAUGGUCAAAAGUGUUUCAAUGCAAGGGUCAAAUUGUCAGAAUGUAUUUUACUUAUUUUAAUCCGUUUGCCAUACAAAACAAAAAAAUAUUUAAUAUCCCAGCACUCACUCAUACACAUUUACACUCUAGCAUCGCAUAUUUUACAUGAGUAAAUAGUAAACAGAGGUUUGGACAGAAUUAUGGACAUAACCAUAUGUAUGUACGUACAUAUGUGUCUCCUUUUAAUAUGAUGAACCUACCUUCUGGGACUAGCCUAAUAUGUUUGUGGCAAGGUUAUCAACUCAAAUUGCUUCUUUCAGUAUCACAGUUUUGUGUGUGCACUCAACUUUUUAUCUUCUUUUAUUAUUGGUUUUGAAAUAUGAAAUAUGAAUCUUUGCGAAUGGACCUAUAAUGCAUGUCGGCACCUUUUUAAUGUGUUUUGAUUUUAAUGUAAAUCGUUCAAACCGUAUUUUUCAGGGGCAUAUUUUCAGGGUCACAUACUGUAUUUGUUCAGCUAAACUGAUAGCAUAUGCUAGGCCCUGGUAUUUAUUUUGUUUCACUUGGUUCUGUAAAGAGUAAAAGCUGUGCUCUAUUUUACAACAAUGCUCCUCGUUACCGUCAUAAUCUGUUUUCCAUUCAAUCCUCUUGGUUUUCCUCUUGCGAUCUAGUUAUCGCACGUCACACUGUAAUGUGCAUCAAAGCAGGGUUAGGGUUACUUACACCAUACCAUUUAGGAAACAAACGCCCGUUGGUGUGUGUGUAGUUCCAUGUGAUUUGUUUCCGUAGUUGUUUGAAGGUUCCCGUGCGGCUGAACCAGGGCCUUCUUGCAUCAACCACAGGGGUCACUGCUGCCUAUUGUGUUUUACCUUUAAUUUUUAUUUUACAUACAAUGAAUGUCUCCUGCUUUCUGGUGCUAAGAACAACCAAAUGUGCAAUAUCCUUCCCUGUGACACACAGUGAGAGCUUCUUGAUGUUUGGGUAAGACCAUCACAACCAUGCAAACAGGUCAAUAAAGUGGUCUUCAUUCAUUCAA